UUUGAGCAGGAACAGAGUUGUAUGUAGCAGGGGGUCCGGCUGCAUCUGGGGGGUGACUGCUGAUUUUCAGCACAUUUUUAAUUAUUAUUUCUUUUUUAUUUACUCCUUAUUUUACCCGACUUGGAUAAAUACAUCGCGCGCACGCCGAUACAUCUGGAAGUACAGAUUUUUCGUAUAGACCAUGAACAAACUCUAUGUAGGGAAUCUGAGUCCUUCGGUGACCGUGGAGGACCUGAAGCAGCUCUUCGUCGAGAGGAAGCUUCCCGUGACCGAUCAAGUCCUGCUGAAAUCCGGCUAUGCCUUCGUGGACUUCCCCGAUCAGAACUGGGCGAUUAAAGCCAUCGAGACUCUAUCUGGGAAAGUUGAACUGCAUGGAAAAGUGAUCGAGGUCGACUACUCUGUACCUAAAAAACAAAGGAGUCGGAGGAUUCAGAUCCGGAACAUUCCCCCUCAUCUGCAGUGGGAGGUUUUGGACGGCCUUUUAGCACAGUAUGGUACUGUAGAAAAUGUGGAACAAGUUAACACUGAUACAGAAACAGCUGUGGUGAAUGUCACAUACUCAACAAAAGAGGAGGCUAAAAUAGCUGUAGAGAAGUUAACAGGACAGAAGUUUGAGGAUUACUCCUUUAAAGUGUCUUAUAUUAUGGAUAUGGAUGCUGCUCCCCCUCUCCCUGUGACCCGGAAUCGUCGUGGAAGGGCGUCACGGGAAGAGGACUCUCAGCCCGGCACCUCUGGAGGCUCCUUGGGGCCCCGGCAGAAACAGCCAGACUUCCCCCUGCGUAUGCUGGUGCCCACGCAGUUUGUGGGAGCCAUUAUUGGCAAGGAGGGACUCACAAUCAAAAACAUAACCAAACAAACACAGACUAAGGUGGACAUUCAUCGUAAGGAGAACGCGGGAGCCGCAGAGAAGCCCAUCACCAUCCACUCCACACCUGAAGGCUGCUCGUCCGCGUGCCGCAUGAUCAUGGACAUCAUGCAGAAAGAAGCAGAUGACACGAAAGUAACUGAAGAGAUUCCUCUGAAGAUUCUGGCUCACAACAGUCUCGUCGGAAGACUGAUCGGGAAGGAGGGUAGGAACCUGAAGAAGAUCGAAGAAGAGACAGAGACAAAGAUAACCAUCUCCUCUUUACAGGACUUAACUAUUUAUAACCCAGAGCGAACCAUCAUUGUCAAAGGGAGCAUUGAGGCCUGUUGUGGGGCUGAAGUGGAGAUCAUGAGGAAGCUAAGGGAAGCCUACGAGAAUGACAUUGCUGCUAUUAAUCAACAAACCAACCUUAUCCCUGGGUUAAGCCUGAGUGCAUUGGGCAUAUUUUCAACAGGCCUGUCAGUGUUGCCACCAGCUGCAGGGCCCAGAGGCGUUCCACCUGUACCUCCAACAGGCUACAACCCUUUCCUCGGUCACUCGUCACAGCUGGGUGGUCUGUACGGUGUACCACCUGCUAGUGCCAUUUCUCACCAGCCCACGCAGGCUCCUGAACAGGAGGUGGUCUACCUCUUUAUUCCAACUCAGGCUGUUGGUGCUAUUAUUGGCAAGAAAGGCCAACAUAUUAAACAACUGGCACGAUUUGCAGGAGCAUCUAUUAAGAUUGCACCUGCAGAGAGUCCGGAUGUCAUUCAGAGGAUGGUUAUCAUCACUGGGCCACCAGAAGCUCAGUUUAAGGCCCAGGGUCGGAUAUUUGGGAAGCUGAAAGAGGAGAAUUUCUUUACUGCAAAAGAGGAAGUGAAGUUGGAGACGCAUAUAAAAGUGCCGUCUUCUGCAGCCGGGAGAGUUAUCGGGAAAGGUGGCAAAACGGUCAAUGAGCUGCAGAACCUCACCAGCGCAGAGGUCAUAGUGCCGCGGGACCAAACCCCAGAUGAGAACGACGAGGUCUUUGUGAAAAUCACUGGGCAUUUCUUUGCCAGCCAGACCGCACAGAGGAAAAUCAGGGAGAUCAUCCAGCAGGUGAAACAACAGGAGCAGAAGCACCAGCAGGGCGCCUCCAUGACACACCACUCCAAGUGACCGUCAGGGCAGCCCCAGCGGGCACCUGCCGAUGAAUGUAGCCCUCCCAACUGGAAUCAGACCGGACGAAAGGGGACCGGCCGGGCAGACUAGCAGCCGCAGGAUCAAAACCAAAGAACUUCUUUCAAGGGGAGAUGAUGGAGCCCCAGGCAGAAGGGCUCUGAGUGCACUGCCAGCUUGGGGAGGGGGUGGGGGGUGGCUGGAUGGAGUGGAGUGGAAGUAAGACAGAUGUUUUUUUUCUUGAUAAAACAAACCCUGACUAAGAGAAGACUGGGCUUAUGGGGACGUCUUUUGUCGAGACACAAAACAUUCCCGCACAACAAUUUCCUUAAACUUGUUAAUUUAGGUUUAGUUUAGGUUUAACACACAGAUAAGAAGCUCCAUUAAUGUGUUCACUGAUGCAUUUUGACUGAGUUGUGUUGUUUUUUUGGGUAGUUAAAGCAUGGGUGUGCACAAGCAUUCGGGACAAAUAUUUUUUCCUCGUAUGUGGUCCUGAAGUUCAGAUUGCGAUUUCGAUUAUCCUGAGCAGUAUUCUCACCCAUACACUAGAACAAAUACUAAAUUAUCUUUUUAUGUUUUGCACAAGCCAUCAGACGAGUAGUGCACAUGUGCAUAACAUUGUUUUGGUAAUGAUGGGAUGAUAUGGUUAAAUAAAAGAUUGUUGUGUUUUGGGACACACCGUCUACAGAAAACACCAGAUGAGAAGGACCUGUGGAUCAUUCUGAAUCUUUAGCCUGUGUGUGCCAACAGAUGGGGUUCAUAUCCCGUUGAAACAUUUCUUACUGUGCAUAUCUUUCAUUUCUAGCUUUUAUCUCAUUUAGUUCUCCUCUCCAUUAUAUCAGCUGACAGCUUUAACACAAGAAAAUGUUUUUUUUAAGUAUACCGAUUGCCGUUUUCCCCACACGAGGACGUUGGCGGCAGUCGGUUCAAGUGACAGGCCUUUAUGGGGAGUGAUGUUGUAGUUGGAUUGGUAGCACCUCUUGUUUGCUUUAGGGGUGUGUAAAGAAUAUAAAGCAGGAACUAGCGUCUAAAAGACAGCGCACCUUUAAUGGUUUGGCAGAAUCGUAAAUAGCACGCGCACCGAAUUCUCUGCCUUAAUCUGUGCUGAAAAAAAACAAAAAUAUGGGCAACUCAAAAUGUUAUUCGAGCAUCAGAUUGGGAGAGGAUGGGGGGGGGGAUGGGAUGAGGAGGCACCAUAUAAUCUGUGGUACACACACGACCUUGUUUGGCUUUAAACCUCUUUGUCAGGGAGCUUUCUAAACGGCAUGACAGCUGUGAAUGUACAAUAACGCAGCCUUAUAGAAAGAACACCACCUUGUAAUGUCAGUGAGCUAGUUGGUCAGCAAGUUUUCAGUUAUUUUUGUUUGUUUGUUUUGCAAAACUGAUCGACUGUUUCAACGGUUUGCUGGACAUGCAGGCAUGGAUGUAUGCCUUUGUGCUUUAUUGUCGAUAUUAUUGUUUUUCUUUUCUUAAUUUGACCAUGGAAGCUUGUGGCCUUAAACGUCACCGGUCUAUGACAUCACAGACAGCUCCCUCAACCAAUGAGAGCCAAGCCACAUCUUCCAGACGCAAAGGUUUAUGCCAAUACGCACAGCUUCCAUUUGUGUGUAUGCGUGUGUGUAUAUAGAUAUAUAUAUAAAGAGAGAGAAAUAUUUAUGAAUCUAUUUUUCCUAUUUUGUGAUGAGAGCUAUUAUUACGAAACAAACAAAAAACAGUUUUUUUGGUGGAACACUGCCAUGUUAUUCUGAAGGGAAGUGUUUAAUGUCUUGGAAGUAAACUGAAUAUUGAUAGUAUACUAACCAACAGAACAGUAAGUGAAUCACCACAACACUUUGAUCAGAAUGUGAUUGGUGCGCAUGUCAGUAUUGUGAUCUACCUCAGGCGUCAGGGUACCUCAGUCCAGGCUUUCAUUUCCCUUUUUUCCACGUUUUGUAUGCCUUGUAAACGGAACGUUUUAAAAUGUCUCUUUUCAUUUUUUUAUAAUAAAAAGAUCAAGAAAAAGAAGUAGUCUGAAGUCUUCAGGUCCGUCGGAAACAAAGGAAUGGAUCUUAAAGCGUUCAGAACUGUACCCGAAUUUACCACGUUUACUGGAGCUCUCGUCUGUGCUGACAUUUAGCAAAUGUGUAAUCGAGUCCAUGUGACAUGGACCAAAAAGAGGAUUUACAGGAGUACCUACCUGCCCGAAAGGGAUUGUGAAUGUGGAUACUGUGUACUGAUUUUCAGAUCAAAGAUUUAAAAAAAGAUGGAUAAUGUAAAAUGGCUUAGUUCAAAGUAUUGUCCUGGAGAAACUACACUGUCAGAUGUCUAAGCCAGCUUUCUCUUUACAUUUUAUAUUAUAAUGAUUAAAAACGAUCAGUACAUAUUCAGGAAAUGCAGACCAAAUUUUUUAAUUCAAGAUUUUUUUUAAAUAAGGUCUUUCACAUAAAACUCUACAAAUGUAGAUUGAUAAAAUUGUAAAGAAAAAAUAAAACAGUACAGAAUAGUCCAUGUGUUUAUCUGUGAAAAUAAAACAAAUGCAGGUAUUUCCGUAGCCUCAGAUGUACUCUUUCGCUCCUGUUGCCGGUUAUACAAUAGUACAUGCUGUAAUGUCUGUAACCUCUCAAAGACUGAGGUGUACGUCUCUUACAUGAGCUCAACAGAGGAGAAUGCAAGUCAAUGAAGAGAGCAGUUGUAGAUUCAGGCAAGGCUGGUUUGCUUUGAUACAGUAAUUCACAAUUACUCACUCAGUUGUCUGUGGACUGAACUGUCUGUUUUACACCAUACUUUUAGUUUUCCUAACGUUUUACUGUUUCUGGUAAGGGUGAUACUCAGUUGACGUGUUACAAUAGACCUGUGUAAAUUGUUAGCAUUUUUACCUAAACUGAAGCGACUCGCAUUACAUUUACCCACAAAGAGUAGCACAGACAUCAGGUGCUUGGGAGCAUUGUUAGUUUUGUUAGCUAGGGAAGGUUAGAGGUUUUUAGCUGAUUAACCGCUAUUCCUUAUAUUAGCCUAAAUUGUUUCCACGAAGGCCCGUGCCUUGUGGAUGUCUUCGCUUAAAAUGAUCUGGUAGACUUUGCCGUAUGAGAAAAUAAUUUCCCCUGAAUUUAAGGUUUUCUGCUUAAUCUCAGGUGUUUGCUCAUUGAUGGAUUUCAGGUUGUGUAGCAGUAUAACUCAGAUAACUCGUAACUGUUAGUGUAAUACGCGCCACGCUGUCGGUAGACGUCUAUCUAUUCUACAGUGGUUCUUAACUUUUUCUUAAGAGUUUGUAUUUCAGAGCUUCGUCAGGUGUGCAUCGUUUGGUAUUUAACUUUAUGGAAGCAUUAGACGUUACAUGCAUUAACUAACAUCACACUGUUAUAUUGUCUCUGUAGUCUGGUAUUGAAGCUGUCUUGCUAUCCACUAUGAUAUCCUGUAACAUAAUGCUAGGGAGAAUCGAGGUCUUUGCAUUACUUUUGUAGGCCAACAGGCAUAGCUAAUAAAUCAAAUUAAUCAGGUCAGUUUAGGAUUAGCUGUCGAUUGUAGUGUUGGCAUGAAUUAUCAUCUUGGAACGAUUGCGGUCUGCAUUGUACCCUAAAGCUUUUAGGGUGAAGGGACACUUAAAUUAGGUGCUGUUCUAUGUUUCUUGAUAUUUGCCAUAGGUUGAUAUUUUAGAAUAGACACCACAGGCACAGCUAUAGUUGCUCACAGUAUGACAGUACUGUUCUAGUUACAUUUAACUCGGCGUGAGAGGAAAAUCAGAGCGAUGCAUGAGAAAUCCACACGAAUCAUAGGCUGUGAAAAUAACUUCUCUCUACAUCCAUGCGGCAGAUCCAUUCCUACGCAGCUCUCAAGCUUCUCACAUUUGUUCAUUUCGAUGUGAAACAUAGACUGGGCCCUCCACUGCCUGGCAUAUCCCCCCAGCUGCAUUGUGGUUAGUGGGGGGCAGAGAACUGAGAGCUGAUUUUAUUUUUUGCUAACAACCAUGUUGUUUUGAAAUGUAGCUGAACUGUACUGCUGAUCAACAUGGAUUUGAGCAAUAAAAAUUGUUUCUAAAAAGCUUGUGUCCAAAGCUAAUUUUGUCACACAAUUGUUGGGUAUGUUGUUGGGUAAACAAACUGUCUUUCAGACAAAUCGCGUGUAGUUAAUAGGAUGGUUCACCCAAAAACUAAAAUUCUGUAAUAAUUUACUUCACCCUCUUGUCAUUUCAAACCUGUAUGACUUUCUUCUGCAGAACACAAAAGAAGACGAAAACUGUUGGUCCCCAUGACUUGCAUCAGUUUUGUGAUCAUUCAAUCGAAGUCAAUGGGGACCAAUGGUUUUUGUUACCAACAUUCAUACAAAAACAGUAUUUGAAAUAUUUACAAAUGUGACAUCAUAGCAGUAAUGGACAAAUACAGUAACGAAUACAAAAGAUUCCAAUAAAGUGCACAUCUGAUGCUUAGCCAAGCUUAUUCUGAUAAUAAACUGAUGAAAUGAGUGGAAAAGAUAAUUAUUAAAUUACAUCAUAUCCAAAACUUUUAUUUGCAAUGUUGGUUUUUGGUUACCCACAUACAAAACUUUAAACUGAUUUACACAUUCUGAUCCAAACAUUGCUAAUGGCACUGGAACACAGAAAAGGAAUCAUUUUAAUUUACCAUCCACCUCUAACAUUAACAUUACAUUGGCCGUUUUAAAGGCUAUGACUGAGUUCUCACUCCACUGAGUUUGCAAAUGAUGGAAUAUGUACAGCUUGGUGUGCUCAAUUAAAAUUUACAUGAAUACCAAAAAUGUAAAAUAUGAAUAUUUUCCCACUUCACUGAGGUGGAUCACUAAUUUGAAAGCACCAACAUAAACCAAAUCUACAAAAUCAACAUUAUUAGUUUUGCAUACAAAACAAUGAAAACAUUUACUGUAUCUCAAUUAUCUGUAUUUCCCUGUCCACCAAUGUUAUAACAUAAACUAGGGACUACAAAAGCACACACUCGACAUAAAACCUGAUUUCAUUUCUCAUUAUGGCUUGUGAAGAAUAGUAAUGCCCACUCAUAUAAACUGAAUGUGCAAUGUACAGUAUGUGAAAGCUGAUUAAUGUUUAUAUUUCCACA